UUCAAAGAUGGGGUCAUGCUGUACAUGGUCUAUUUAAGCAAGGAGGAGCUACAAAGGUUCAAGCAGCUGUUAGUGGAUAAGAACCCCAGACCUGGCUCCAUCCAGAUUACCUGGGACCAGCUGAAGACAGCCAGAUGGGGGGAGGUGGUUCACCUCUUGAUGGAGUACUUCCCCGGACGACUAGCUUGGGAUGUGACUCACAACAUCUUUGCCAAGAUGAAUCAGACCCAGCUGUGUCUUCGGGUACAGAUGGAGCUAAAUGACAUUCUACCUAACUUGGAACCAGAGGACUUGAACCCAAGAGAAGUACAAAUGAGUUUGGAGGAGGAAGAAUCUGAUAAGAUAUGGGAGUACAAACUGCGUGUGAUUGAUGAGUAUUCUACCAUAUGGAACAAGACCACUUCGCCUGGGAAUCAGGACUUUUUUUACCAAGACAUACACAAACAUGAGAUGUUCUUACCAUAUCUGUUUCUUCCCACAAGACCUCAAGGUAGACAGCCCAAGACUGUGGUCCUACAGGGAGUCGCUGGAGUUGGAAAAACAACCCUGGCCAAAAAGGUGAUGUUGGAGUGGGCAGAGAACAAAUUCUACCCCCACAAGCGCUGGUAUGCUUUCUACAUUCACUGCCGGGAAGUGGACCAGGUGGAUCAGCAGAGCUUCUCUGAGCUGAUAGCACAUAAGUGGCCUGGGUCUCAGGCUCUUGUGUCUAAGAUUGUGUCCAAACCAGACCAACUUCUACUCCUCCUUGAUGGCUUUGAGGAACUAACAUCGACCCUCAUAGAUAAACCAGCUGACCUGAGUGAAGAUUGGAGCCAGAAGUUGCCUGGGUCGGUCCUUCUGACCAGUUUGCUCACCAAAAGAAUGCUUCCUGGGGCCACACUACUGAUUAUUCUGAGGUUCACCUCUUGGGGGAAACUUAAGCCCUUUCUGAAAUGUCCCUCUCUUAUAACCCUUACAGGGUUUGGUUCAGCUGAAAGAACCAAGUAUCUCAGGGCAUAUUUCGGAAACAAGAGGGAGGCUGAUGAAGCCUUGAGUUUUGUCCUGAGAAACACAAUUCUCUUCUCCAUGUGCCAAGUCCCUGCAGUUUGCUGGAUGGUGUGUUCUUGUCUGAAACAGCAGAUGGAGAGAGGAGCAAAUCUCACACAGGCAUUUCCAAACGCCACAGCUAUAUUCGUCCAGUAUCUUUCCAGCUUGUUUCCAACCAAGACUGGAAACCUUCCCAGUAAGACUCACCAAGAGCAGCUGAAAGGUCUGUGUUACUUGGCUGCAGAGGGCAUGUGGAAGAGGAGAUGGGUGUUUGACAAGAAAGACCUUGAGCGGGCCAAGCUGGAUGAGACUGCCAUUGCUACUUUUCUUAGCAUGAAUAUUUUUCAAAGGGUUGUAGGGGUUGAUGACCGUUACACCUUCACCCUCUUGACCUUCCAGGAAUUUUUUGCUGCCUUGUUGUACAUUCUCUGCUUCCCACAAAGACUCAGAAAUUUCCGGGCGUUGGACCGUUUUCACAUCAUACGCCUGAUAGCAUAUCCCGGAAGAAAGAAAAACUACCUCGCGCAGAUGGGGCUUUUCUUAUUUGGUCUUUUAAAUGAAACGUGUGCUUGCGCCGUGGAGCGGUCUUUUGGAUGCAAGCUGUCCUUGGGUAAUAAAAGGAAAUUGCUGAAAGUUGCAGCCCUGUCAGGUGAAUUUGCCCCACCUACCCCGCACCACGGGGUUCCACAAUUAUUCUACUAUCUGCAUGAAAUCCAGGAGGAGGCAUUUGUGAGUCAGAUCCUAAAUGAUUGUCACAAAGCUGCUUUGAUCAUUAGCAAGAAUAAAGACAUGCAAGUGUCUGCUUUUUGCCUUAAGCACUGUCAACAUUUGCGAGAGAUAGAACUGACUGUUACCCUGACCAUCACCAAAGCAUGCAGACUUGGGCUGGAUUCCGUCUCCUUCACUGAAACUGAAGGCAAUGAUAGGUGUGCUCUCUGGUGGCAAGACUUCUGCUCUGUGUUUAGGACGCAUGAGAGUUUGGAAGUCCUGGCUGUGACAAACAGCUUGAUGGAGCCUGAUGCAGUCAAAGUUCUUUCUACAGCACUGAAAGACCCUCAGUGUAAACUACGAAAACUAAUCCUUAGGCGAGUGGAUCCCACCAUGCUGAAUGAAGACUUAAUCCAAGUUUUGACUGAAAACCAGUAUCUGAGAUACUUGGAAAUACAAGGCACAGAAGUGAGAUGUGAAGCCAUGAACUUUCUAUGCACAGCCUUGAAAUAUCCACAGUGUUAUCUACAGUGUCUGAGGUUGGAAGAUUGCCUGGUCACCCCCAAUAGUUGGCUUAAUCUUGCCGAGAAUCUCAAAAGUAACAUGAACUUGAAGACUCUAAUGCUAAGAUGUAGCUCCCUGGAUAAGUUUGGGACAUAUUACCUGUCAAUGGCCCAACUGGAGAGGAUGUCGUUGGAGAAUUGUGACCUCACGUUGAUUUCUUAUGAAAGUCUUAUCUCUUCUCUCAAGAGUAACAAGAUGCUGACCCAUCUGAGCUUGGCAGAAAAUGCCUUGAAGGAUGAAGGGGCAAAACAGCUUUGGAAUGCCUUACAACACGCUGAGUGUCCUCUACAGAGGCUGGUGCUGAGAAAUUGUGCUUUGACCUCUGAUUGCUGUCAGGAUAUGGCAUCUGCUCUUGACAGAAAUAAAAACCUGAGAAGUCUGGACCUUGGUUUUAACAGCCUGAAGGACGAUGGGGUGAUCUUGCUCUGUGGGGCCCUGAUGAACCCUGACUCUGCCCUACAGAUCCUGGAGCUGGAAAGUUGUCAGUUCACCUCCGUCUGCUGCCGGGCUAUGGCUUCCAUGCUCCUCAGCAACCAAAGUCUGGGAUAUCUGGACUUGAGCAGGAAUGAUAUUGGGCUCAGUGGCACUCGGCUCUUGAGUGAGGCCCUUCAGAAGCGGAAAUGGAAAGCAAAGGUCAUUCUGUCUGGCCGUUCGGAACCGUGGCAGCCAAUGGACGGCCACAACGUCACUGGCCCAGGACUCCCCAAAGACCGGCACCACGUGGUUGCUAGUUGGGAUGUGAUCUCGGAGCUCACAGUGAUUGAAGUGCUGUACGAUUUGGGAGUCUUCUUUGUCAAGUGA